AUGCCAAUGCUCUUCUUCGCCCUCCCAAGAAUCACCAUGGAUUCAUUACUUGUCCCACGUCAUGAUGGCCACCAUCAUCACCAUGCUACCACUGGGGACUCCACAGCCGAAAUACCCAGCUUAGUCUCCAUGCAAGUGGUGUUCUGGGCUUUUAUUGUCUCUGCUAUUACCGCCCUCACUAUUUCGGCCUUUGUCAAUCGCUAUCUUGCACACCAACGCAUUGCCCAAUCGUCCAAGCUUCAUGCUGCAGCUAGACCAAGCUCAUUCUUCUUCCAAGUUCAUGCCACUAUGACUGCCAUAAAGCGGGAGUUUUGCUACUAUUCACCAUUGCUAACUUUCGGCCGACGCACAUUCCGCAUGCCCUCGGGCGGUACGACCAUCACUAUUACGGCCUACGCAAGCCUUACAAUAGCCUGCUGCUUCUACAAAUUCCACCCCCAGAACCUUCUCGAAUGGGAGAGCAUUGCCUAUCGUGCCGGCUACAUCGCCCUAUGCCAGCUGCCCUUGACCGUUCUGCUCGCGGGCAAGCGCAACCUCAUCGGGCUUUUCAUCGCCUCCUCAUAUGAACGCUUGAACUGGCUUCAUCGCUGGACUGCCCGAUGUCUUUUGCUCACAAUCCUCAUCCACGCAGGAUUCUGGCUACGGGAGUGGGGCGAAUUUGGAUUCAUUCUUACAAAAAUUCAGGACGACAGCCUUACUCGACGAGGUAUAGCGGCUGGUCUCCUCCUCGUCUGGCUCGUGUUAUCCUCGGCAGCACCCAUCCGGAAUCUAGCUUACGAAUUCUUUGUGGUCCAGCAUCUUAUUUCAUGGCUCGGACUAUUGGUGGCAAUCUACCUUCAUGUCCCGCAAGAGCGAAAAAUUUGGAUAUGGCUAUCUUUUGCCGCCUGGGCCGUAGAUCGCCUAGUUCGCCUCAUCUUCCUAUUGCGCAUCAAUCUCGCGUUUUUGCAUGCGCCAAAGAGUCGUGGCAGCCUAUUCUCUUGCAAGGGUCACUUCGAAGUACUAGAUGAAGAGCAUCUACGUCUUGUGAUCGAUGCCCCGCCCAUGACUUGGAAAGCCGGACAACACGUACUAUUAACCUGCCCUUCUCUCGCACCCUUCACUGCGCAUCCCUUCUCUAUUGCUUCACUGCCAGCUGACGGGCGUAUGGAAUUCACCAUCCGCGCCAAACAUGGCACUACCCGCAAAUUUUGGCGCCAUGCUGCGUCCAUGACCUUGGCUUCGGCUGAGCAGGCGCCAGCUCAGUGCCGCAAUCUCUUGAUUGAAGGUCCAUACUCUCGUAUACGACCUUUGCGUCAGUUUGAUAGUCUCGUCUUCAUCGCCGGCACGACAGGCGCCGCCUUCACACUUCCACUGAUGCGCGAGGUAGUUCAGCACUGGUCCGGAGGUGCUAGUCCGAGCAGGCUGCUGGAACCUCCUCCCGGCGCCGUGACGCGGAAGGUUCGUUUUAUUUGGAUGGUUAGAAGAUCGACCGCUAUUAUAUGGUUCCGGGAACAGCUGAUGACGGCACUAGCUGCUGUCGCCGCAUUACGGAAUCGCGGAGUCGAUGUUGCCCUCGAGAUUACAGUACAUGUUACGGGACGCGACGACGAUGCGCAGUCGUCGGACAUGCUCGAGCCCAAUGCCGAAGCCAAGUCACAACAAUUGCCGGCGGCGGGGGGACUUGAGUCGUUAAACAGUUUCGAAAUCCUCCGGGGCCGGCCCGAUCUGCGAUCGCUGAUCCGACGUUCGGCGGAGAUGGCCUUGGGCGAGAUGGCUGUCGUGGCCUGUGGGCCCCGAGACUUGGCACAGCUGGUGCGCGCGGCGGUGGCCAGUAUUUCGAACGAGCGCGCUGUACACAAGGGCACGGGCGCGCAGGGCAUCUGGUGCCACACAGCAGGACUGUAG